AUGGACCCGAACGACGUUACAAUUCUGAACAAUUUCAGGCAAGGGUUGGAAAACCAAGAGCUCUUGGACUGGCCUACUAAUGGCACAGACCCAUGUGGCCCUCCAGCUUGGAAACACAUCGUUUGUGCUGGUAACAGGGUUUCUCAGAUUCAAGUCCAGAGUAUGGGCUUGAAAGGUCCUUUGCCUCACAACUUCAACCAAUUGACAAGGCUUUCUAACUUAGGCCUCCAAAAGAAUCAAUUCAAUGGACCCUUGCCAUCUUUCAGGGGGUUGUCAGAACUGAAGUAUCUUUUUCUGGAUUACAAUAACUUCGAUACAAUUCCUUCGGAUUUCUUUGAUGGGCUUGUCAAUUUGGAGAUUUUGGCGUUGGAUUCUAACCCCCUUAAUGCCACUAAUGGUUGGUCUCUACCUCCAGUGUUACAAAGUUCAGCUCAGCUUCAGACUCUCUCUGCCAUGAAUUGCAAUUUGGCCGGUCCAAUUCCUGAGUUUUUGGGCAAUAUGUCUUCGCUAACGUCGUUAAAGUUGGCUUUUAAUCGCAUUUCUGGGAGUAUUCCGUUGAGUUUUAGCAACUCCGUUCUGCAGAAUUUUUGGCUGAAUGAACAGUCCGGCGGUGGAAUGACCGCACGUAAUUACUCUUGCAGUUCAAAUUCAUUUUGUCUCUCCGAUGAAGGGGUUCCUUGUGCCCCAGACGUCAUGGCACUGUUAGAAUUCCUUGAUGGAUUGAAUUACCCUCCAAAACUUGUUACUUCGUGGUCAGGUAGGUUAAGCCCUUCAAUUGCAAACCUGAGUUCUCUUACCCAAAUCCAACUUUCAUCUAAUUAUCUUGUUGGACCUAUUCCGCCAAACUGGACCAGCUUGAAAUCUUUGACAUUGUUGGAUGUAAGUGACAACAAUCUUUCAGCUCCUUUGCCAAAUUUCAGUAGCUCUGUCAAACUUGUCUUAGAACAUAAUCCUUUGCUCAAUUCUAAUAAAUCCGAGCCAACACCUGAAAACAGCCCACCUUCUGGGGUUCUGGAUCCCAUCCUUACAAUCCACUGCCAACCACAACCACUAGCCCUUCUGUUAAAUCUUCCAUUAAGUCCAAUUUUGGUCCCUGUUGCAAUUUCUAUACUCCUGGUGAUUUUGGUUGUGCUUUUACUUAUUAAUUGUUAUAAAAAGAGAAAGGAUGCCUUACAAGCUCCUACUUCUCUCGUGAUGCACCCUCGAGACCCAUCUGAUCCAGACAAUAUGAUUAAGAUAGUGGUUGCAAAUAACACCGAUGGGAGUGUUUCUACGCUGACAGGAAAUGGCUGUGGGAGUAGAAACAGCAUGGGUGAUUCCCAUAUCAUUGAGGCUGGAAACUUAGUCAUUUCAGUUCAAGUUCUUAAGAACGUGACUAAAAAUUUCUCCCCAGAAAAUGAGCUUGGGCGUGGUGGUUUUGGAGUGGUUUAUAAGGGAGAACUGGAUGAUGGAACAAAGAUAGCAGUGAAAAGGAUGGAAGCGGGUGUUCUGACCAGCAAAGCUUUGGAUGAGUUUCAGGCUGAAAUUGCUGUGCUUUCAAAGGUUCGCCACCGUCAUUUGGUAUCUCUUCUUGGGUAUUCAAUUGAGGGGAAUGAGAGAAUUUUAGUUUAUGAGUACAUGCCUCAAGGUGCUCUUAGCAGGCACCUUUUCCACUGGAAGAUCAUGGGUAAAAUUACAACCAAGGCUGAUGUCUUCAGUUUUGGCGUUGUGUUAAUGGAGCUACUAACUGGAUUAAUGGCACUUGACAAGGACAGACCAGAGGAAAGUCAGUAUUUGGUGUCAUGGUUCUGGCAAAUCAAAUCUAGUAAAGAGAAAUUCAUGGCUGUUGUUGACCCCACCCUUGACAUAAAAGAUGAAACAUUCGAGAAUGUCUCCAUCAUUGCAGAGCUUGCCAAACAUUGCACGGCAAGGGAACCAAGCCAACGUCCCGAUAUGGGCCAUGCCGUGAAUGUUUUGGCCCCUCUAGUAGAAAAAUGGAAGCCAUUGAAUGACGAAAGUGAGGAGUACCGUGGGAUUGAUUACAGUCUUCCCCUUAACCAAAUGGUGAAGGGAUGGCAAGAAGAGGAAGGAAAGGAUUUUAGUUAUGUGAACCUGGAGGACAGCAAGGGCAGUAUACCAUCACGGCCUGUGGGGUUUACAGAGUCUUUUACUUCAGCUGAUGGUCGAAUGGAAUUCUUCGGUUCAUUUCCUGAGAAGCCAAAGAAAUCAACAACUAAAAAACGG